GGUCAGCCAACUAAUACUUCUCAUUUCGUUCUCCUUGCUUCUCUAAUUUAGAAGAACACAUUCCUUUUUCCUUCUCUCAAAUUUUGAUUCUGAAUCUCUCGUUGGUGAAUGUAAAUCACCCGCCGAGCAAGUAGCAGUAGCUAUGAACGUGGUGAAUCAUGAAUUCUCGUUUUUAACUCUUCAAAAUUAUAGUUUCUCCAUUCAUUUCUUCUGCAUCUCAUUAAUUUGAGAAAGAGGGGAAGGGGAAGAAGAAUCUGGGUAUGGUUGGGUUUAUCAGAUUCCGUAUCCUUUUCUCUGCAAUAGUCCCUGUAAGUUCGCAUAGUCAGAUUCCAGUUAUUGCCUCGACUAGAUUUUUUCAUUGUGGAUCCUCAUUGGGUUUUGGGUAUCCUGCCUCUGUUUAUUCUUCCUCUUCGUUGGCGCCGAAAAAGGCGGGAAACAAUGUUGCCAUUUUCUGGGACUUGGACAAUAAGCCGCCCAACACAUUGCCUCCGUAUGAUGCCGCUGUUAAACUGAAGAUUGCCGCUUCUGCAUUUGGUGUUGUUCGAUCUAUGGUGGCCUACGCCAAUCACCAUGCUUUUAGCUAUGUCCCUCCUGUUGUUAGAGAACAAAGGAAAGAGAGGAAGGCACUGGAUCAAUUAGAGAAAAGAGUGUUGGUUAAACCAGCUGAACCUUAUAAAUGUCGAGUUUGCGGGAGGAAAUUCUAUGCUAAUGAAAAACUCGUUAAUCACUUUAAGCAAAUUCAUGAACGGGAACAGACAAAGCGGUUGAAUCGGUUGGAGUCGGCGAGAGGGAAAAGGAGGGUGCAAUUGGUAGCUAAGUUUUCGAUGAAGAUGGAGAAGUAUAAGAAUUCUGCUAGGGAUGUUUUAACCCCAAAGGUUGGUUAUGGUCUUGCAGACGAAUUGAAGAGGGCAGGUUUUUGGGUUCAGGCUGUGUCAAAUAAGCCCCAAGCAGCAGAUAAUGCAUUGAGAAAUCAUAUAGUGGACAUGAUGGAUCACAAGUUGUUUGAAUGUUUAGUCCUUGUAUCAGAUGAUUCUGAUUUCGUCGAUGUUCUGAGGGAAGCGAGACUUAGGUGUCUUAAGACUGUAGUCAUUGGUGAUAAUGAUGAUGGGAAUCUUAAAAGAUGCGCCGAUUCAGGGUUUUCAUGGAAGGAAGUAAUCUUGGGGAAGGCAAAAAAGGAGGCUGUAUCUGUUGUAGGACGUUGGAAGGACCAUGAGGUCUUGAAGAGACUUGAAUGGACUUAUAGGCCUGAAUUGGAGAAAAAGGUGAAAAAGGUGGUUAAGCUUGACGACUCUGAAGUUGAGAGUGAGGAUGUGGACAAUGAAGAUAUUCUGUUUGAUGAAGAUAACCUUCUGUCCGAUAAAGAUAACUCUAAGAUAAAGGAGAAGUCUAAGCCUUGGUGGAAACUGGACUCCAAUGACGAUGAUUCUGCAUCCAAUUCUUUUAAAUGAUUUCAUCUCUCAUUGAUCUUGUAACAUGGUCAAGUUUCUAUCAUAUUCUUAUUUGCAAGAAGAUAACUAUGCAAUGACAACUUUUUCUUUUUUCCCCCA